GCGGUCCCGGCCCAGAUGGCUCCUUUGACUGAAAACUGCUCCGACUGCAGCCGGGAGUUGGCUCCAGAACUCGGCGUGGUCAAGGCUGUUGUUCUGGGCUUGGUGCUGGGCGUCUUCAUCGUAUUCGGAGUGGUCGGGAACAUCCUGGUCAUCCUCUCGGUCGUUUGCCACCGACACCUGCGGACAGUCACCCAUUACUUCAUCGUAAACCUAGCCGUGGCGGACCUGCUCCUGAGCUCUACGGUGCUCCCCUUCUCUGCCAUAUUCGAGAUCCUGGACCGCUGGGUGUUCGGGCGGGUCUUUUGCAACGUUUGGGCGGCUUUGGACGUACUCUGCUGCACAGCCUCCAUCAUGAGCCUGUGUGUGAUCUCCGUGGAUCGCUACAUUGGGGUCAGUUACCCGCUGCGUCAUCCGGCGAUAAUGACGAAGCGCAGGGCCCUGCUGGCCGUCACGCUGCUGUGGGCGCUGUCUGUCGUCAUAUCCAUCGGCCCGCUGUUCGGCUGGAAAGAGCCGGCGCCGGACGACGAAUCCGUCUGCAAGAUCACCGAGGAGCCGGCCUACGCUAUCUUCUCAGCCGUGGGCUCCUUCUACCUGCCGCUGGCCAUCAUACUGGCCAUGUACUGCAGGGUCUACGUGGUGGCCCGCAGAGAGAGCCAGGGCCUGAGGGAGGGUCACAAGACGGACAAGUCGGAUUCAGAGUUGGUGAUCCUCCGGAUCCAUCGAGGCAACGCGACCGUGAGCGACGACGAGGCCCUUGGCAGCCGCACGCAUUUUGCCCUGAGAUUGCUCAAGUUCUCUCGGGAGAAGAAGGCGGCCAAGACCUUGGGCAUUGUGGUGGGCUGCUUCAUACUCUGCUGGCUGCCUUUCUUCCUGGUCCUCCCCAUCAGCUCCAUGUUCCCCGCCUACAGACCGCCGGACACAGUCUUCAAGAUCACCUUCUGGCUGGGCUACUUCAACAGCUGCAUCAACCCCAUCAUCUACCCGUGCUCCAACCAGGAGUUUAAGAAGGCCUUCCAGAGUUUGCUGGGGGCCCACUGUCUGAGGGCCACUUCCGGACCGCGUCGCCAUCAUCGCCAUCAUCAUCCUCAAGAUCUUGCUGCGGGCCAGAGUCAGUUGCGUGUCCACAAGCAGGCCCUGACUCUGAACCUUGCCCGCGGCCUCAGCCCGUCCCCUCCCGUCGAUCCGUCCAGGACUCCGUCCUCCCGGGACAGCAGGGAGUGGAAGGUUUUUUCGGACCGUCCCGCCGGGGGGACCGGGCCGGCGGACAAAAGCAGAAAAGUGGCCCAACUAUGCAGUAAAAGCUUCCGGCGGACGUGCUGCUGCGUCCCCGGUGGUGGCGCCCCCCCACCGCAGGCAAACUGCGCCCGUGCCCCUCCGGUCGGAAACCUCCCCACCAUCAAAAUCCAUCGAUUGUCCGUGUCGGGUAGAGGGGAGCCCGUAUAA